AUGGCUGACAGCUUUUCUUCCGCGAAACCGGGUAAUACUAAGCAGGUUAAAUCCUCCAAAGGAAAGUCCGACAUCUUUACCGCCCACAACAGAAACGUGAAGAAGCGAGCCGCCAGAGAUCUUGAAGACGAAAAUGGGCAGAGACAUCAGACGAAAGACGACCUUGGUGCAGUAUCAGCGGCUGAUCUACACAGAUCAAAGCGCAGAAUGGAAGAGAAGGUGAGGAUGUACAAUGCGAUGAAAAGAGGCGAGUUCGUCAAACGCGAUGACGGCUUCGAUGAUAGAGGGCUUGUCGACUUUGAUCGCAAAUGGGCUCAAACGCAGUACAAUCAAGACGACUCGGAUUUGAGUGACCAGUCUGAAGAUGAUGAUGCGCAAGACGCCAAUGAGAUAGUGGAAUAUACCGACGAGUUCGGCAGAUUGAGGAAAGGCACAAAGAAAGAAGUCGAGAAGGAGGAGCGUCGCAGCAGAAUUCAGGCCAUCGCAAACGAAGAUGCAGAGCAAUUUGCUGCUCAUCCUCAAAUGCCUACCAACGUCAUCUAUGGUGACGCUGUACAACACCAGGCCUUCAACCCAGAUAGGACGAUUGCGGAACAGAUGGCUGAGCUGGUCAAGAAGAGGGACAAAUCAGCGACACCUCCCCCCGCAACUCAUUUCGACGCUAAUGCUGAGAUACGAACCAAGGGCACGGCUUUCUAUAACUUCAGCCACCAUGCCACCGAACGCGAGCGAGAAAUGGCCGAGCUCGAAAAGACUCGACUCGAGACAGAGAGAAUACGCAAGGAGAAGACGGCGGAGUUGCAGAAACAAAAUUCAACGCAACCUGUUUCGACGCCGGCAGCACCUCUCAAUGAGGAUGCGAAACGCUUUCUUGAUGAGUUUGAGCUGCCUGAAAGGGAAGAAUUGCGUCCUACGUAA